AUGUCUCCGUUAGCAUCUCCUCGGGUUCAGAUAGUGCCGUUUGGAUCCGCCUACCGCCAUACUCGCCAACCCUCUGAUGAGUCUCUGUCACAUUUACCUCCUCUGCCAGUUUCACCACGAUGGGAUUCGAUGUCAAACCCUUCAAGAUUUAUUCUUGGACAGUCAAUAUCACAGCGAGCAGGAUCACCCUUUGACUCUCCGCACUCGCCGUCACCUUUAAGCUACGACACUGCGGCAAGCACUCCUGUGGAAUCUCGAAACACGUCUCCGACAUUUCUGACAUCCAAAUCGUCACUGGCUGACCUGCGCGCCUACGACAGCCUGCCACCCACCGUGGAGAACUUCUCGCGGCCGCGGAAGCAAAGUAUCCGCCAGCCAAUGACAGACGCGGCUAAGCCACGCCCAGUCCACAGCACCCUGGCUACCGCUACCGCUACCGCGACUGCGACCGCUACAUCGCCCUCUACCCCCGGCCUCAAUCCCGCCGACCAGUACCUCGAGCUUGUAUCACCUUCGCAACAUCCCUUAUGGCCUGCUCCUCCACGUCCCCGCGGUCCUUCAGUUUCAUCCUGUCAGUCUUCAUCUACUUACCACUCGGUCCUUUCUCCACCUUCCAACGACUUUUAUGAGCCUCGAGCGCCCCGUGCUCGGACGGCCAAUGGUGCGACAGCUUCCGCCGCACGGCCACCAUUAAGCUACUCCAACCCGGGGUCGGCCUCACCGAGCCCUGUCGUCGCCCCGUGGAUGAGUGGUGAAGAAUUUAGAUCGAGCUUUCGCUCCCAACUCACAGAAUCUACUGCUCCAGGAACUGCAGUAACUGAGAGAAGUAGCGUCCUUACAAAGGACAGCUCCGUUACAUCGUUAUAUCCGAGCCCUGAAGGCGAAGGGGAGCAAGAAGCCAACCCUGAAAACGACAACGACAACGACCCCGAGCACGACGAACCGAGCCUUGAGGAUGUUAUGGGCAUGUACGAGCAAGGUUUCGACGACGACGAAGACGACGUGCACUACCCUGAUUAUCACAACAGAAAUUCUCGCCCCGUGACAUCAAACUCAGACAUGGAUCAGCGACACAGCAUCAGAGACGAUGCAGAUGACGAGGACUUCCCUCAACGCAAGGUACAAGAGUCCAACUCGACCCUUGACAUGGAGAUCCGAAUGUCCAAGAUGAUCUUCACCCACCCUGCCUUCACAUCAUCAGUACCUCAUAUCGCGGAAAACUACGGUCGCGGAAUGAACGAAAAGCGAGAUUCAGCCAAGUCAUUGGACUCUGAGCCUUCUCUUAAUGAACAACUUUCUUCUGCUGUCGAACCAACACCUACAAGCGCACCACCCGUCUCCGCGCCCCUCUCACCUGUUCGUGAACCUUCCGAGCGACCCGAAACCCCUGAAUCUGGACGCAAUAUGGGCUACGCUUCGGAGCCCGCACCUGAACCAACACCGACAGCAGCACCCGCACCCAUUCCAGGGCCUCAGCCUGUACCUGAGCCAGUAUCCGCCCCUCCACCACCUGUUAUUGCACCUGAACCCGUCCAGCCUGAGGACCCUGGCGCUCGUGACCGAUACGGCUUCAAGAAGGAGAACCAGUACGUCACGCGGCAGCAAUACGAUGCCUGGAAUGCUGGAUACACCGAGUACCUGGCACGCCGUCGGAAGAAGUGGAAUGCCUACCUCAAGGAUAAUGCUCUCAUGACAGAUCACCCCAACCGAUUCCCUGCUCCCAACGCAAAGACAAAGCGCUUUGUUCGCAAGGGCAUUCCUCCCGAAUGGCGCGGUGCAGCUUGGUUCUACUACGCUGGUGGCCCCGCCAUUCUGGCAAAGCACUCGGGUCUUUACGAUAAGCUAACAACUAAGCGAGCUAAGGACGUUGAUGCUGAGGCUAUCGAGCGAGAUUUGCAUCGGACAUUCCCUGACAACAUUAAGUUCAAGCCUCCCGGCGGGAUGGACACGGCAUCAAGCAGCGCUAGAGAAAGCCAGUCAACAAUGUCGGACUCUACUCGGGGAUCCAGCCCAGCGCCUCCCAAUGUGGACGGAGAGACACCAAUCAUCACUUCUCUCCGCCGCGUCCUUCAUGCCUUUGCUGUCUACAACCCUCGAAUCGGAUACUGCCAGAGCUUGAAUUUUCUUGCCGGUCUUCUUCUUCUGUUUGUCGAUACCGAGGAGCAGUGCUUUUGGCUUCUCAAUGUCAUUACACGCAUCUACCUCCCCGGCACCCAUGAGAUGAGUCUCGAGGGAUCCAAGAUUGAUCUGGGCGUUCUCAUGACUGAGAUGCGUACCUCCAUGCCUGCUGUAUGGGACAAGGUCGGCGGUGAGCUUGAGGCUGAUCCCAACUCACGGCCCUCGACAAGCAAGUCGAUCCGCCUCACUCGCUCGCGUCGCAAGGAACUCGCACGCAUGUCAACACCAACUGACCGACUUCCACCGAUCACUCUUUGCAUGACGGCCUGGUUCAUGAGUUGCUUCAUCGGCACGCUCCCGAUUGAGACUACUCUCCGGGUGUGGGAUGUCUUCUUCUACGAGGGCUCCAAGACCCUGUUCCGCAUUGCACUGGCCAUCUUCAAGCUAGGCGAGAGCGAGAUUCGGGCUGUAGCCGAUCCUAUGGAGAUGUUUGGUGUUGUGCAAUCGAUGCCACGCCGACUGAUCGACGCUAACGCCCUAAUGGAGGCUUGCUUCAAACGACGGAAUGGCUUCGGGCACCUCAGCCAGGUCCAGAUUGACGAGAAACGCCAACAACGACGAGCUAAGGCGCAGCUGGAUCGAGUCCGUCAGGGCAAGACAUGGAACGUCGGAUAG